GUGGCGCCUCCAAGGAGAUCCAGGACCUCCAGCGGCAGAAGAAGGCCGCGGUGAAGUCGGAGGACUACGCGGAGGCUCUGCGCCUGAAGGCGGCGAUCGAUGCACUGCAGGAGAGGAUGAAGACGGAGAAAGCAAAGCCACCCGCGGCCGCGGGCUCCACUUCCUCUGCGCCGAAGGGCAAGGCCAGCACCAAGCGACCACUCGAGCAGGCGGACCAGAAGGAGAAGCCGAAGCCCCCGGCCGUGGAGGAGCUCUCCGUCGACCCGUUUUUCGGCGACCAGUCGCCGGCGCUGCUCGACCCCACCUGUGCCACGACCGCGGAGCGGGAGGCCUGGCGCGCAGUGUACCACGGCAACACGGACUUCUUUCAGGAGAAGAUCGCCGGCAAGCUGCCGCUCCUCUGCCAGCGCGACGUGGUGAGCAGGCAGACGGCCCUGCACCUGGCCAUCCAGAAGGGCAGCGCCAAGGCCGUCCGCACGUUCGCCGCGCACCGGCACGAGAGCCGCUCCAGCGCCAGGAUGGCCAGCAUGGCCGAGCAAG